GGUUCUCACCCAGAGUCUCCGAAUUACAACUCUCCGAAUCCUCGCCUGUCCUGCUGAGCAGCUUCAUUAGUACCUCGGCCCCACCCUAACACCACCAUGAGUAAAAGCAUGAACGAGGACGAGAAGUUCCUGUUCGCCGAUAAAGAUUACUUCAACAGCCCGGUGGCGCAGGCCGACUGGGCCGCCAAGAAGCUGGUAUGGGUCCCGACGGAGAAGCACGGCUUCGAGGCUGCCAGCAUUAAGGAGGAGAAGGGAGACGAGGUGCUGGUGGAGCUGGUCGACAACGGCAAGAAGAUGACCGUCAACAAGGACGACAUCCAGAAGAUGAACCCGCCCAAAUUCAGCAAGGUGGAGGACAUGGCCGAGCUCACCUGUCUGAACGAGGCGUCGGUCCUGCACAACCUGCGCGAGAGAUACUUCUCCGGACUCAUCUACACAUACUCAGGGCUCUUCUGCGUGGUGGUGAAUCCGUACAAGAUGUUGCCCAUCUACUCAGAGAAGAUCAUCGACAUGUACAAGGGCAAAAAGAGGCACGAGGUUCCUCCUCACAUCUACUCCAUCACCGACAACGCCUACAGGAACAUGAUGCAGGACCGUGAGGACCAGUCUAUUCUCUGCACGGGUGAAUCCGGCGCUGGUAAAACCGAGAACACUAAGAAGGUGAUUCAGUAUCUGGCCGUGGUGGCUUCAUCACACAAAGGCAAAAAAGAUAUGAGCACUCAACAUGCAGGACAGCAGUUGGCCUUCGGGGAGCUGGAGAAGCAGCUGCUGCAGGCGAAUCCCAUCCUGGAAGCUUUCGGUAACGCCAAAACCAUCAAGAACGACAACUCAUCCCGAUUCGGUAAAUUCAUCCGCAUCAACUUCGAUGUGACGGGGUACAUCGUAGGUGCAAACAUCGAAACCUACCUGCUGGAGAAGUCCCGCUGUAUCCGCCAGGCUAAAACCGAGCGAGCCUUUCACAUCUUCUACUACAUGGUGGCAGGAGCCAAGGACAAACUGAGAGAGGAGCUCCUACUGGAGAACUUUAAUAAAUAUCGCUUCCUGGUGGCGGGACACGUCCAGAUCCCAGGAAAUGAGGAUGAUGAGAUGUACGAGGAGACCCUGGAGGCCAUGAACAUCAUGGGCUUUAAUGAGGAGGAGAGAAUCGGGAUCCUGAAGGUGGUCUCAACCGUCCUGCAGCUCGGCAACAUCGAGUUUAAGAAGGAGAGGAACCAGGAACAGGCCACCAUGCCCGAUAACACCGCUGCACAGAAGGUUUGUCACCUGUCCGGCAUCAACGUGACCGAUUUCACCCGCGCCAUCCUGACCCCGCGUAUCAAGGUCGGCCGAGAGGUCGUCCAGAAAGCUCAGACCAAGGAGCAGGCGGACUUCGCGGUGGAGGCUCUGGCGAAGGCGAUGUACGAGCGUCUGUUCCUCUGGAUUCUCUCUCGAGUAAACAAAGCUCUGGAUAAAACCAAACGCCAGGGCGCGUCCUUCCUCGGCAUCCUGGACAUCGCCGGCUUUGAGAUCUUUGAGGAUAACUCGUUUGAGCAGCUGUGCAUUAAUUACACUAACGAGAAGCUGCAGCAGCUCUUCAACCACACCAUGUUCAUCCUGGAGCAGGAGGAGUACCAGCGCGAGGGCAUCGAGUGGAAUUUCAUCGACUUCGGCCUGGACCUGCAGCCCUGCAUCGAGCUCAUCGAGAGACCGAACAACCCACCAGGCAUCCUGGCCCUGCUGGAUGAGGAGUGCUGGUUCCCUAAAGCCACAGACGUGUCGUUUGUAGAGAAGCUGUGCAACACCCACGCCAACCAUCUCAAAUUCACCAAACCCAAACAGCUGAAGGACAAAACCGAGUUCUCCGUACAGCAUUACGCCGGCCGGGUGGACUAUAAUGCUACAGCAUGGCUGACGAAGAACAUGGACCCUCUGAAUGAUAACGUCACUUCGCUGCUGAACAAUUCAUCCAGUGUGUUUGUGCAGGACCUGUGGAAGGAUGUGGACCGUGUGGUGGGUUUGGAGACGAUAGCGAAGAUGUCGGACAGCUCGAUGCCCAGCUCCUCUAAAACGAAGAAGGGAAUGUUCCGCACCGUCGGCCAGCUCUACAAAGAGUCCCUCGCCAAACUCAUGACCACGCUGCACAACACACAGCCCAACUUCGUCCGCUGCAUCAUCCCCAACCACGAGAAGAGGGCAGGUAAGUUGGAUGCUCACCUGGUUCUGGAGCAGCUCAGGUGUAACGGUGUGCUGGAGGGAAUCAGAAUCUGCAGACAGGGCUUCCCCAACCGCAUCGUCUUCCAGGAGUUCAGACAGAGGUACGAGAUUUUGGCAGCUAACGCCAUUCCAAGGGGCUUCAUGGAUGGGAAACAGGCCUGCGUGCUCAUGAUUAAGCACUUGGACCUUGACCCGAACCUGUACCGGAUCGGUCAGAGUAAAAUCUUUUUCCGUACUGGAGUUCUGGCACAGCUGGAGGAGGAACGUGACCUGAAGAUCACCGUGGUCAUCAUCGCCUUCCAGGCUCAGGCUCGGGGAUUCCUCGCCAGGAAGGCGUUUGCUAAGCGGCAGCAGCAGUUAACAGCGAUGAGGGUGAUCCAGAGGAACUGUGCAGCUUACCUGAAACUCAGGAACUGGCAGUGGUGGAGACUCUUCACCAAGGUGAAGCCUCUGCUCCAGGUCACACGUCAGGAGGAGGAGCUAGGCUUGAAGGAGGAGGAGCUUCAGAAAGCCAAAGAUACAGCAGUCAAGUGUGAGACGGAGCUAAAGGACAUCACACUCAAACACACACAGCUGGUGGAGGAGAGGAACGCUCUACAGGAGCAGCUCCAGGCUGAGACCGAGCUGUACGCAGAAGCCGAGGAGAUGAGGGUGCGUUUGGCUGCUAAAAAGCAGGAGCUGGAGGAGAUUCUGCAUGAGAUGGAGGCGCGGCUGGAGGAGGAGGAGGAGCGCAGUGCCACCCUGCAGGUGGAGAAGAAGAAGAUGCAUCAGCAGAUCCAGGAGCUGGAGGAGCACCUGGAGGAGGAGGAGGACGCUCGACAGAAGCUGCAGUUGGAGAAAGUGAUGUGUGAGGGGAAAAUAAAGAAACUGGAGGAUGAUCUGCUGGUGAUGGAGGAUCAGAACAACAAACUUCACAAGGAGAGAAAGUUGCUGGAGGAGCGAGUAGCUGAUUUUAGUGCUAACCUGGCUGAAGAGGAGGAGAAAUCUAAGAACCUGACCAAGCUGAAGAACAAGCAUGAGUCUAUGAUCUCAGAACUGGAAGUUCGUUUGAAGAAAGAAGAAAAGACCCGACAGGAACUGGAUAAGGUGAAGAGGAAGUUGGAGGCAGAAUCGAGUGAUCUACAGGAACAGAUCGCAGACCUGCAGGCUCAGAUCGCCGAGCUAAAGGCUCAGCUCGCUAAAAAAGAGGAGGAGCUACAGGCUGCACUCGCGCGUCUGGAGGACGAGACAGCGCAGAAGAACAACGCUCUGAAGAAGAUCCGAGAGCUGGAGGGCGUGAUCUCAGACCUGCAGGAGGACCUGGAGUCAGAACGAGCCGCCAGGAACAAAACUGAGAAAACCAAACGAGACCUGGGUGAGGAGCUGGAGGCGCUCAAGUCUGAACUGGAGGACACGCUCGACACCACGGCCACGCAGCAGGAGCUCAGGGCGAAGCGUGAACAGGAAGUGACCCUGCUAAAGAAGGCCAUGGAUGAGGAGAGCAGGAACCAUGAAGCUCAGGUUCAGGAGAUGAGACAGAAACACACGCAGGCUGUGGAGGAACUAACCGAGCAGCUGGAGCAGGCCAAGAGGGUGAAGGUGAACCUGGAGAAGGCGAAGCAGGCUCUGGAUAAGGAGUCGUCAGAGAUGACGGUGGAGAUUCGUUCACUGGCUCAGGCCAAACAGGACGUGGAGCACAAGAGGAAGAAGGUGGAGGGACAGUUAGUCGAUCUACAGUCCCGCUUCACCGACUCCGAGAAACAGAAAGCAGAGCUCGGAGACCGAGUGUCCAAGAUCACCGUGGAGCUGGAGGGCGUCACCAACCUGCUGAAUGAAGCCGAGGGAAAGAACAUCAAACUGAAUAAAGACGUGGCCAGUCUGAGCUCUCAGCUCCAGGAUUCACAGGAGCUGCUGGCGGAGGAGACGAGGCAGAAGCUGCAGUUCUCCACUAAACUGCGUCAGAUGGAGGACGACAGGAACAGCCUGCAGGAACAGCUGGAUGAGGAAACUGAGGCCAAGAGGAACGUGGAGAGGCACGUCUCCACCCUCAACGUCCAGCUGUCAGACUUUAAGAAGAAGCUGGAUGAGAUGUCAGGAAACGUAGAGCUGCUGGAGGAGAGCAAGAAGCGGCUGCAGAAAGACCUGGAGGCCUCCAACACUCAGCUGGAGGAGAAAUCAUCUGCCUACGAGAAGCUGGAGAAGACCAAGAACCGACUGCAGCAGGAGCUGGAGGACAUCCUCAUGGACCUGGACAGCCAGAGACAGCUGGUGUCCAACCUGGAGAAGAAGCAGAAGAAGUUUGACCAGAUGUUGGCGGAGGAGAAGAGCAUCUCCUGUAAGUACGCAGACGAGCGGGACCGGGCGGAGGCCGAGGCGAGGGAGAAGGAGACGAAGACUCUGUCUCUGGCUAGGGCGCUAGAGGAGGCGCAGGACUCUCGGGAGGAGCUGGAGAGAGCCAACAAGGCCUUACGUGCCGAAAUGGAGGAUCUCAUCAGCUCCAAGGACGACGUGGGCAAGAACGUACACGAGCUGGAGAAGUCCAAGCGAGGGCUGGAGCAGCAGGUGGAGGAGAUGAAGACUCAGCUGGAGGAGCUGGAGGACGAGCUGCAGGCGGCUGAGGAUGCUAAACUGCGUCUGGAAGUGAACAUGCAGGCCCUGAAAGCGCAGUUCGAGCGAGACCUGCUGGGACGAGAUGAGCAGGGAGAGGAGAAGAGGAAGCAGCUCCUCAAACAGGUGCGUGAGUUGGAGACAGAGCUGGAGGACGAGCGUAAACAGAGAACCGUUCUGGCUGCUGCCAAGAAGAAGAUGGAGGGAGACAUGAAGGACCUGGAGGGCCAGAUCGACUCGUCCAACAAGAACCGAGAUGAGGCCAUCAAGCAGCUCCGGAAGUUACAGGCUCAGAUGAAGGACUUCCAGAGGGAGCUGGACGACGCCCGUGCUGCCCGGGAGGAGGUGCUGGCUACAGCUAAAGAAAACGAGAAGAAAGCCAAGAACCUGGAGGCCGAGCUCAUGCAGCUUCAGGAGGACCUGGCCGCUGCAGAACGAGCUAAGAAGCAGGCCGAGGCCGAGCGGGACGAACUCGCCGAUGAACUCGCCAGCAACGCGUCCGGAAAGUCUGCUCUGAGUGAUGAGAAGCGGCGUUUGGAGGCGAAGAUCGCUCAGCUGGAGGAGGAACUGGAGGAGGAGCAGAGCAACAUGGAGAUGAUGAACGACAGGCUGAGGAAGAGCUCCCAGCAGGUGGACCAGCUGACCAACGAGCUGCAGACGGAGAGGACCACAGCGCAGAAGAACGAGAGCGCCCGCCAGCAGCUGGAGAGACAGAACAAAGAUCUGAAGGCCAAACUGCAGGAGAUGGAGAACCAGGUCAAGUCCAAGUUCAAGUCCUCCAUCACCACACUGGAGGCUAAAGUGGCUCAGCUGGAGGAGCAGCUGGAGCAGGAGAACAGGGAGAAACAGGCCACAGGUAAGGCUGUGCGUCAGAAGGAGAAGAGGCUGAAGGACCUGAUGAUGCAGGUGGAGGAGGAGAGGAAACAGGCUGAGCAGUACAAAGAUCAGGCGGAGAAGGCGAACUCGAAGGUGAAGCAGUUGAAGCGGCAGGUUGAAGAAGCAGAAGAAGAGUCUCAGCGCAUCACCGCCGCACGCAGGAAACUACAGAGAGAGCUGGAGGAAGCGACCGAGUCCAACGAUGCUCUGAACCGAGAGGUGACAUCACUGAAGAGCAAACUCAGGCGUGGUAACGAGACCUCGUUUGCUAGUGCUGGCCGGCGCGCCGGGGGCAGGAGGGGCGUGAUGGAUGCUGAUGCUAAUGAGGAUGAUACCGACUCACAGGGCGACUACAACGCCACUGAAUAAACACACACACACACACACACACACACACACACUCAGAUGUCUCUUUUACAGUAAAUUAAAACCACAGUUUGACUGGGGGGUUAAAGGUCAUGAUUAAAUUCUGUUUAAAGCCUAAAGUUUUAUUUAAAGAUAUUUUUAUAUUAAUGACAUUAUUAAACAACGAUAGUUUUUAUUUGAUUGGAAUCAUUUUUAAUAACAAUGCUGAUGUGAGUGUGGGGGAGAAACUCAGUGUAACACAAACUAAACCUGAUCUGAUCUGAGGAGCUGAAUCUGUCCUGCUGUCCCAACACUUCUGCUCAUGAAGCUUCAUCAUCACAACACACACACACACACUGCCUCAUACUGAUGAAUACAGAAUACCCAUAAUGCACUGGGCUUUUUAUAGUGAGUCUGGUGUUAAGGAGUUUAUAUAAACGUGAAUCUACAUCAGAAUCAGAUUUUCUCUGAGGAGCCGCGGUGAUGAUGAUGAUGAUGAUGAUGAUGAUGAUGAUGAUGAUGAUGAUGAUUUUUACCAGUCAGGAAUGUGUAAUGAUUUUAUUUGCACUUUAUAAUCACUUUAUUUGAAUAAAUCUGUGUUAUUGGAACAGAAGUAAAAUAAUAAAUGUAUUUUAAUAAUCAAUAAUCCACUCAAACGUUACAAUUAUAUUACACCUCUACUUCCUGUUCCUGUCUCCACCAUCACCUGAACUUCCUGUGUUUAUUGAUGUCACUCUGAUGUUUGAGAUUCACCAGCACAAUAAAUAAAGUUUGAACCUGAA